UAGGAUCGGACGGCAGAGGAGAAAUCCAAGUAUGUCAAACUGUGGAGAAUUGCUAUUUAAAGAGAUGAAGAAGAGCUCGUUGCCUUGCUCGAAUACCUAAUUUUGCUCCGGCUUCUCUUCGAGAUCGCCGGCCGAUUCGACGCUAGCUAGUUGUUUACUCCAGCUAUGGGUAAGGAGAAGGUACACAUCAACAUUGUGGUCAUUGGCCAUGUCGACUCUGGCAAGUCCACCACUACCGGGCAUCUCAUUUACAAGCUUGGUGGUAUUGACAAGCGUGUCAUUGAGAGGUUUGAGAAGGAGGCCGCUGAAAUGAACAAGAGGUCAUUCAAAUAUGCUUGGGUUCUUGACAAGCUCAAGGCAGAGCGUGAAAGAGGAAUUACCAUUGAUAUUGCUCUCUGGAAGUUCGAGACAACCAAAUACUACUGCACUGUUAUUGAUGCUCCUGGCCAUCGUGACUUCAUCAAGAACAUGAUCACCGGAACUUCUCAGGCUGACUGUGCUGUCCUUAUUAUCGACUCUACCACCGGUGGUUUCGAAGCUGGUAUCUCCAAGGAUGGUCAGACUCGUGAGCAUGCUUUACUUGCAUUCACACUUGGGGUGAAGCAGAUGAUUUGCUGCUGCAACAAGAUGGACGCCACCACCCCCAAGUACUCUAAGGCUAGAUAUGAUGAAAUAGUCAAGGAAGUUUCCUCCUAUCUGAAGAAGGUUGGCUACAACCCUGAUAAGAUUCCUUUUGUUCCGAUCUCUGGUUUUGAGGGUGACAACAUGAUUGAGAGAUCCACAAACCUCGACUGGUACAAGGGUCCAACUCUCCUAGACGCUCUUGACCUGAUCCAAGAGCCAAAGAGGCCAACAGACAAGCCUCUCCGCCUCCCCCUUCAGGAUGUCUACAAGAUUGGAGGUAUUGGCACUGUCCCCGUCGGCCGUGUUGAGACUGGUGUCUUGAAGCCUGGUAUGGUCGUCACCUUUGGACCUACCGGUUUGACCACAGAAGUAAAGUCCGUUGAGAUGCACCAUGAGGCUCUCCAGGAAGCCCUCCCUGGUGACAAUGUGGGGUUCAAUGUGAAGAAUGUUGCGGUGAAAGAUCUCAAACGUGGUUUCGUUGCCUCAAACUCCAAGGAUGAUCCUGCCAGAGAAGCUGCCAACUUCACUUCCCAGGUCAUCAUAAUGAACCACCCCGGUCAGAUCGGCAAUGGCUACGCUCCAGUGCUCGACUGCCACACUUCCCACAUCGCCGUCAAAUUUGCAGAAAUCCUGACCAAGAUUGACAGACGAUCAGGCAAGGAGCUUGAGAAGGAGCCCAAGUUCCUCAAGAAUGGCGAUGCAGGUUUCGUGAAGAUGGUUCCCACAAAGCCCAUGGUGGUCGAGACCUUCUCCGAGUAUCCUCCGCUCGGUCGCUUUGCAGUGAGGGAUAUGAGGCAAACCGUGGCUGUUGGCGUCAUCAAGAGCGUGGAGAAGAAGGAUCCCAGCGGCGCCAAGGUUACCAAGUCUGCUGCCAAGAAGAAAUAAAGCAGUUUGAGUAUUUAGAGUCGAGUCUUUAAUUUAUGUGGUAAGGUCAUCUAUUUUCUGUCCUUGUGUUGGUCUAAUCCGGUACAGCUUUCUGGUAUCCGAUUGCCGAUUGGGUGCUGGAUAUGCUGUGGCGGUGAGGUUUUGGUGUCGUCUUGUUUUUUAUGUCUCACUCGUUCAAUUUGGUUGAGUUGAACAGACUUCGCGUCUAGUUUCAUAUGGUCUUCGUAUUUCGUCUAUGUGAUGGAUAAUGUUUCAGUUAUGUUUGCUGAAUUCGGAAUCUUGCAUCGAUGCUUAUUUAUGUUAGUAGUUGUUUUUA